AUGGCUGGAAGCGAAGGCGCGGCCAAGGCGCUUCACGACAGGUCGGUGGGGCUGAAGCUGGGCGACCGCUUUCCGGACUUCGAGGCGGACACGAGCACGGGCCGCAUCAAGUGGCACGACUACAUCGACGGCAGCUGGGCCAUUCUCUUCUCGCACCCUGCUGACUUCACCCCUGUGUGCACGACGGAGCUGGGCAGCGUGGCGAAGUUCGCAGAGGAAUUCGCGAAGAAGGGUGUGAAGGUGGCGGCUCUGAGCUGCGACAGCGCUGACUCGCACCGCGCGUGGAUUAGCGACAUAGAGGCCUUCACUCCAGGCGUCAAGGUCACUUAUCCAAUAAUCGCGGACCCGAGUCGCGACAUCGCGGUGAAGUUGGGCAUGCUGGAUCCCGUGGCGAAGGAUGCAGCGGGGCUGCCUCUGACUGCGCGCGCCGUGUUCGUGGUGGGCCCGGAUAAGGCGCUCAAGCUCGCCAUCCUGUAUCCUGCCACCACUGGCCGCAACUUCCAUGAGAUUCUGCGGGUGAUAGACAGCCUUCAGCUGACUGCCAAGUACAGCGUGGCGACGCCAGUGGAUUGGAAGCACGGAGAUGAUGUCAUCGUGGCUCCAUCAGUCAGCAACGAGGCAGCCAACGAAAAGUUCCCCAAGGGCUUCAAGACGGUUGAUCUUCCCUCAGGGAAGUCUUAUCUCCGGACAACACCACAGCCAGACCUGUGA